UCAGCACUAAGUUUGUCGGACAGCGCCUCUCUCCCACCCGGGAAACUUUUAAGACCCUUUUCGUCAACUUCUUUCAAUUUUAACCACUAAACCGAAAUAUGGAUAACACUUUGAAGAACAUCUCUUUCUCUGAGAAUAGCUCAGUCUAUGAGAACUCCACAGACGAUUGGACGUCAGAUGAAGGGGAAACGGUACAUUUCAUCAUCCGAUGCGUUAUACCGUCGGUGUACAUACUUAUAAUAACGAUUGGUUUGUUGGGCAACAUCACACUUGUAAAAAUAUUCAUCACCACCAGCGCGAUGCGAAGCGUCCCCAACAUAUUCAUUUCUAGCUUGGCCGUUGGAGAUAUUUUGCUUUUGGUCACUUGUGUGCCGGUGGACGCGUUCCGGUAUUUUUACGAGGAGUGGAUCUUCGGGACCGUGGCUUGUAAGAUGAUUCCGGUGAUUCAGCUCACCUCGGUCGGAGUCUCUGUCUUUACUCUCACGGCACUGAGCGCAGACAGACACAAAGCUAUUGUGAACCCUAUGGACAUCCAGAGCUCCGGCGCAGUAUUCUGGACCUGUUUGAAGGCCAUCGCUAUAUGGAUCAUCUCAGUCCUGCUGGCCGUACCUGAGGCUGUCUUUUCUCAAGUGGUUCACAUGCCCGACAAGAACACGACGUUCACCGCCUGUGUGCCGUAUCCACGCUCCAAUGAGAUGCACCCCAAGAUUCACUCAAUUAUGAUUUUCCUCGUCUACUUUCUCAUUCCUCUGAGCAUUAUCUCUGUCUACUACUAUCACAUCGCAAAGACACUUAUCAAGAGUGCUCAUGAUAUGCCUGGCGAGAUUAGCGAGCACUCCAAAAGACAGACGGAAACCAGAAAGCGUCUAGCCAAGAUUGUCCUGGUGUUCGUGGGCCUCUUCGUGCUGUGCUGGUUCCCUAACCACGUUCUCUACAUGUACCGCUCCUUCAACUAUCUGCAAAUCGACUCAUCACUGUCACACCUCAUCAUCACGCUGGUGGCGCGCGUGUUGAGUUUCUCCAGCUCCUGCGUGAACCCGUUCGCCCUGUACCUGCUGAGCGAGAGCUUCCGCAGGCACUUCAACAACCAGCUGAUGUGCAGACGCCGCAAAUUACAAGAGCGCAACAGCAGUUACCUCCAGAGCACCACUGCCAUUCGCAUGACAUCCAUCAGAAAGAGCACACCAGCUGUGACCAACGGACAUGGACAAAAGACAUGCAUUUAG